AUGGAAGCAGCGACGAAGCAGAGCGUUACAAAUCGUCUUCUUGCCGUUAAGUCAGCCUCCGGCAAGACUUACAGUCAAUUAGCGACGGAGACAGGGCUCACCAACGUCUAUGUUGCUCAGCUGCUCCGUCGUCAGGCCCAGCUCAAACCCGACACAGUCCCGAAGCUCCGCCAAGCUUUACCAGGUCUGACCGACGAACUCAUCGGCGCUAUGAUGACUCCGCCGUGGAGAUCCUAUGAUCCCAACCUCAUCCAAGAACCCACUGUCUACAGGUUGAAUGAAGCAGUGAUGCAUUUCGGUGAAAGUAUAAAGGAGAUUAUCAACGAAGAUUUUGGCGAUGGCAUCAUGUCGGCGAUAGAUUUCUAUUGUUCCGUGGACAAAAUUAAAGGAGUGGAUGGUAACAACCGUGUGGUCGUGACAUUUGAUGGGAAGUAUUUGUCACAUUCCGAGCAGAGGACGGAGAAUAUGGUCUCAAGGCUAAACCUCCGAGGAAGUACAAGCGAAUGA